AGUACCAAGUGAAAGUACCCAUCCAAUAAGUCUUCCCCGUCCAAUCGGAAUCUCGAUUCCUUGAUAGAUGAUCCAUCCGAUCUAUACCGUUGUCUUUGAUCCACGCAAGGGAGAAUGAAAGAACGACCCGUCUCCCCGGCACCGUUUCAACCAUCCAUGACCAAAGUACAAUGUCAGAAAUCAUAAUAAAAAGAAAAGAGAGCAAAGAAAGAAUACAGACCCAAUCUGACGGGGAAGCCGGAAUCCAAAGGGAAGGGUACCCGCCCUUGGUUCCAUCCCGAACCACAACCACAUGGCGAUGUGCGACCAGGUCUAUUCUGACCAGGUCGACUGGACUAGGUCUCUGGCUAGGUUGAAGGGGACGGGAAAUGAUUGACAAAGAUUAUGCUGGUCAUAAUUGUCUUGGAUGUGGAUGUGGAUGUUGGUGGUACCAUCAUCGUGACUCUGAAUCCUCUAUAAAUACUUCUCUCCCUGUCUUUCAGAGCUUCUCUCACAACACACCACCAUCAUACUUCUAUCCUCUGUCUGUCUCUGUCUCUUCAGGCUUCAGUCUUCAAACUUCAAACUUCAAUCUUCAAUCUUCAAUCUUCAAUCUUCAAUCUUCAAUCUUCAAUCUUCAGUCUCAGUCUCAGUCUCAGUCUUUGCAAUCUUUCUGUCACUACAUCUCCUUGUGGCUACUUGAUCCCGUCCUCCAAUAUCUCCAACCAAUCCUCCAACCAAUCUAUCCGGCUACCAUGGACAAGAAAGAAUCGACCAGACAACAAAAUGGCACCGUUGCUGCCUCUGAUCUGGCUCAAUACCAAGCCCGCUGGGAACAAAUCCACAACGACACCAUUCGUCAGAUUCAACAAGCCCGAGAGAAAGAAAGAAUGGCCAACGGUCAGGCCCAAAAGUCCAACCUGUCGGGCUAGCCUCGCACACCUCCUUUCAAACGCGUUAUCAUGAUCGUUCUCGCAUUGGAUUAUCGGCGGAGUUGGGUUAUCUUGGCAUAGGCGUUUUGCAUCUCUUCUUUUGUCCUUUUACUUCUUUUUUGUUUCUAUAUACCACUAGCGUUUACUUAGCAUUCACUCGCAUUUGCAUCUAAUUUGUAUUGAAU